AUGACCGGCCAAGGCUCAGCCGGGCGUUCGGACGCCCGUCGCCGCAGCUCGCGCAUCUCUCGUGCAUCUCUGAGUGGAGAUUGGAACAGCUUGGACGAGUACGGCAAGCUCGUAAAAUACGUCUCGACCUUCCGUGAUCCCAAUGCACUCGAUGAAGAUCGGGGAGAACUGACAGAGAAACGAGUCUGGUAUGCGCCAUGGAAGAAGCGGAAAGUCCGGGUCAAGAAGGUCGAAGGGGAAACGGGCAAAUUCCCCGAUGAAUGGACCAUGACCGAUAUCCGAGAGGGUCUUUCUACUCAUGAAGUUCCGAUCCGCCGUCGUCGGGCUGGGUGGAAUGAGUUGGUGUCCGAAAAGGAGAAUCCCAUUGCUAAGAUCCUGUCUUACUUCCAGGGUCCCAUUCUCUACGUCAUGGAAUUGGCUGUUUUGCUUGCUGCUGGUCUGGAGGACUGGGUCGAUUUCGGUGUCAUCAUUGGAAUCCUGAGUUUGAACGCAGCAGUUGGUUGGUAUCAGGAGAAGCAGGCUGCUGAUGUAGUUGCAAGUCUUAAAGGUGAUAUUGCUCUACGAGCGCAGGUUAUCCGUGACAGCACCCAACAAGAAUGCCUUGCUCGAGAGUUGGUUCCCGGUGAUGUAAUCGUCGUUGGUGAAGGCCAAGUCGUGCCCGCAGAUUCAAGAGUUAUCUGCGACGUCAAAGAUGAGCAUGGCUGGGAAGAGUUCAAUCAGCUUCAAGAGCAGGGUAUGCUGGGCGGAGGGUCUGAAUCCGAGGACGAGGAUGACACUGGCAAGACCGACAAGGAAAAGGCCGAAGCUAAAGCGGACGAUGAGCAUCAAGCGAUGAAGGCCCGUAGACGUGGCUAUCCCAUUUUGGCUUGCGAUCACUCUGCUAUUACGGGUGAAUCGCUUGCCGUGGAUCGCUAUAUGGGAGACAUGAUUUUCUAUACCACUGGCUGCAAGCGUGGAAAGGCCUACGCAGUCGUCCAAACGGGUGCGCGAACUUCCUUUGUCGGUCGUACCGCUACGAUGGUACAGUCUGCUAAAGGUGCCGGUCAUUUCGAACUUGUCAUGGAUAACAUCGGCACAUCUCUCUUGAUUCUCGUUAUGGCCUGGAUCCUUGCUGCUUGGAUUGGUGGAUUCUUCCGUCAUAUCCCUAUUGCUUCGCCCCAUCAGCAGACUCUUCUUCAUUACACUCUUUCUUUGUUGAUCAUUGGCGUACCUGUCGGAUUACCCGUCGUGACCACGACUACCAUGGCUGUUGGUGCUGCUUAUCUGGCGAAGAAGAAAGCCAUUGUGCAAAAGCUGACUGCAAUCGAAUCUCUCGCCGGUGUCGACAUCCUCUGCUCCGACAAAACGGGCACCCUGACGGCGAACAAAUUGAGUAUUCGUGAUCCAUACGUAGCCGAAGGCGUCGAUGUUGACUGGAUGUUCGCUGUUGCUGCGCUCGCAUCCUCACACAAUAUCGAAUCUCUCGAUCCCAUUGAUAAAAUUACAAUCCUUACUCUGAGACAAUAUCCCCGAGCACGGGAGAUACUACGCCGAGGUUGGGUAACGGAAAAGUUCACCCCCUUUGACCCAGUUUCUAAACGCAUUGUCACCAUCGCCACGUGCGACGGUAUUCGAUAUACAUGCACCAAAGGAGCCCCGAAGGCCGUUCUGCAGUUAACAAGCUGUUCCCAAGAAACCGCUGAUAUGUACAAAGCCAAAGCCCAAGAGUUUGCGCAUCGCGGCUUCCGGUCUCUCGGUGUUGCUGUUCAAAAGGAAGGCGAAGAUUGGGCCUUGCUUGGGAUGCUGCCCAUGUUUGAUCCUCCCCGGGAAGACACGGCGCAAACUAUCAGCGAAGCACAGAAUCUCGGUAUCAGUGUGAAAAUGCUGACCGGUGAUGCUAUCGCAAUCGCAAAGGAAACAUGCAAGAUGCUCGCGUUGGGCACCAAGGUAUAUAACUCGGACAAACUGAUUCAUGGGGGACUGAGUGGUGCCAUGGCUAGUGACCUUGUCGAAAAGGCCGAUGGCUUUGCCGAGGUGUUCCCUGAACACAAAUAUCAAGUGGUUCAAAUGCUGCAAGAGCGAGGUCACUUAACCGCGAUGACUGGAGAUGGUGUGAACGACGCACCAUCUUUGAAAAAGGCCGACUGUGGUAUUGCCGUGGAGGGAGCUUCUGAAGCCGCUCAAUCUGCAUCAGACAUUGUGUUCCUGGAGCCUGGUUUAUCGACUAUUAUCGACUCGAUUAAAGUCGCACGUCAGAUCUUCCAUCGUAUGAAGUCAUAUAUCCAGUAUCGUAUCGCGCUUUGCCUGCACCUGGAGAUCUAUCUGGUGACAUCGAUGAUCAUUCUAAAUGAAAGCAUCCGUGUUGAGCUGAUUGUCUUCCUGGCAUUAUUUGCCGACCUUGCGACAGUGGCAGUGGCCUAUGACCACGCAUCUUUCGAGGCACGACCUGUUGAAUGGCAACUUCCCAAAAUUUGGUUCAUCUCGUCUCUACUGGGGGUGCUCCUCGCGCUGGGAACCUGGGUUAUCCGUGGCACCAUGUUCCUGAAAACGGGUGGCAUUAUCCAAAAUUGGGGAUCUAUCCAAGAAGUGCUUUUCUUGGAAGUGGCACUCACGGAAAAUUGGCUCAUCUUCGUCACUCGCGGCAUUGAUACGUGGCCAUCCAUUCACCUAGUGACGGCAAUUCUCGGCGUGGAUGCUCUGGCUACCAUCUUCUGUCUGUUUGGUUGGUUCACCAACCAGGAUAUGAAGACCAAACCCGCAGACAAAUUUGUUGAGACCACGAAUGGAUGGACUGAUAUUGUCACUGUCAUCCGAGUCUGGGGCUACUCGAUCGGUGUGGAGAUUGUCAUCGCUCUGGUGUACUUCAUCUUGAACAAGAUUCAGUGGCUGGAUAAUCUGGGUCGUGUCCAGCGUGACAAGGGCGAUAUCAAAAUUGAGAACUUGCUUGCCCAUUUCUCCCGUCUUGCGGUUGAAUACGAAGAGGGCGGCGUGCAGAAGGGCCGCUUCUGCUUGGCUGCCAGCAAGGAGGAAGAGGAAGCUGAAUAA